UUUGCUAUAUAAAUUGAGCAAAAUAUUCGGCAAAGUACAAGACUUCACUACAUCAGAGAUAUGGCCAACAAGUACAAUCAUUUCAGCUUGUCCUCAAGAUUUCUCUUUCUGUUAUUACCGUUACUUCUUCAAAUUCAUUAUGUAAGAAGUGAGCUCCAACUGAACUACUACUCAAAGAGUUGCCCAAGAGCUGAGGAGAUCAUCAAAGAACAAGUGGCAACCUUGUACCACAAGCAUGGCAAUACAGCAGUUUCUUGGAUCAGAAAUCUCUUUCAUGAUUGCAUGGUUAUGUCAUGUGAUGCAUCGGUAUAUUUGGACACAGCAAAUGGGCAGGAAUCAGAGAAGGAAUCUCCAAGGAAUUUUGGGAUGAGGAAUUUUAAGUAUAUAGAGACUAUUAAACAGGCACUUGAAAGUGAAUGUCCAAACACUGUUUCUUGUGCUGAUAUUGUUGCUCUUUCUGCAAGGGAUGGUCUUCGCUGGUUAGGAGGGCCACGUGUUGAAAUGAGGACAGGGAGGAAAGACAGCAAAGAGAGUUACUUAGCAGAAGUUGAGAAUUACAUUCCUAACCACAAUGAUUCCAUGUCAUCUGUGCUCUCUCAAUUCCAAUCAAUUGGUAUUGAUACUGAAGGAACAGUUGCUCUUCUAGGGGCUCACUCUGUAGGGCGAGUUCAUUGUGUAAACUUAGUCCACAGGCUUUACCCAACAGUCGAUCCAACUAUCGACCCUGACUACGCUGAGUACCUUAAAGGCCGAUGCCCAACGCCGGAUCCCAACCCGAAGGAGGUUUUAUACUCAAGAAAUGAUCGUGAAACUCCAAUGAUAUUAGACAAUAUGUACUACAAGAACAUUUUGAGCAACAAAGGGCUAUUAAUUGUAGACCAAGAAUUGGUUACUGAUCCAAAUACUUCUCCUUUUGUGGAGAAAAUGGCUGCUGAUAAUGGCUAUUUUCAUGAUCAAUUUGCAAGGGCUCUACGCAUUUUGUCUGAAAACAAUCCACUUACGGGAGAUCAAGGUGAAAUUAGAAAGGUGUGCCGCUAUGUAAAUAGUGCUUAAAAAUUAUUUACCAGCGGACGUUAAUGUAAUACGGUUGUAUUGUUUUGUUCUCUUGCUUUUAUUUUUGUUGUGUUGCAUCUUCAAGUGAAAUAAUAAUCCGGUUAAGUGUUGCUAUAAGUGUGUUACUUUGUUC